AGUCAGUUAUAUUAAGACAACACUAUCGAGAGUUUAAAGAAACCUCCAAGACAAAAAACAAAGACUACCUUAGCAAAACAGCUCAAGAAGUAGAAAGUCACCCAAAAACUGAAGAGAAAGAGAAAUCAAAAGAAGAAGCAAUGAGUAUAGAAAUACUUGAUGAGCAAGAGAUAAAGGAUAUCUUCUAUAGCACAGAUGAUGAAAUAAAAGAUACUCAAAAAGAAGCUGAACAAGCAACUAUUUGCUCAGAAGCAGAACUUACAACAAGGGAUGAGCUUGCAUUAAAUA